AUGAGCGACAGUUUUCUUAUUUUGCCUGGCCCCGCCGCCUUGUCUCGUUUUAGAGUCGCCAACUUGAUCCAGGAUUUGGAGAAGAAGUUGGGCGUUGAAGGUGCUAUCAAGGAAGUCGUUUCCGCCCACACCCACUAUGUGUCAUUGAAGAAGGCAUUGACUCCUUCGCAAUUGAAGUUGACCGAGGUGUUGUUGACCUACGACUCGCCCGUCGACACCUCCAUCAAGUCCAACCAGUUGUUGCAGACCUUGUCUGCCGUUUCUGGCGACGACGAUGCCUCUGCUGCCGACUUUGGCUCGUUGGCCUCCUCCAACUCUGUUUUGGUGCGUGUUUUGCCCCGUGCUGGCACCAUCUCGCCCUGGUCGUCUAAGGCAACCGAUAUUGCCAACAUUGUUGGCUUGGGUGACUUCAUUGAGAGAAUCGAGAGAGGCACCUCGUUGUUGAUCACUGCCAAGGACGACUUCCCAUUAUUGGAGAAGCUCCACGAGCUUUCUGGUGAGCUUUUGACCACUGUUUUCGACAGAAUGACCCAGACUUUGUUCAUCAAUGAAAACGCUCCAAAGCACGAUGAUCUAUUCGCCCACCACUCGCCAAAACCUUUGGUUUCGGUUGACAUUUCUGGUGACAACUUACUCAAAGCCAACAAGGAGUUGGGUUUGGCGUUGGACCAGGGUGAGAUUGACUACUUGAUCAACGCUUUCAACACUGUCAUUGGAAGAAAGCCAACAGACGUCGAGCUCUUCAUGUUUGCUCAGGUUAACUCUGAGCAUUGUAGACACAAGAUUUUCAACGCUGACUGGACCAUUGACGGUGUCAAAAAGGAUUUGUCUUUGUUCAAAAUGAUCAGAAAUACCCACAGUAAGAACCCUCAGUACACGGUUUCUGCCUACUCUGACAAUGCUGCAGUUUUCGAGGGACCAUUGGGUUACGUUUUCACUCCUGACUUCAAGACCAAGGAGUGGAAAUCUAUUAAGGAGAACGUGUUCACUUUGGUCAAGGUCGAGACCCACAACCAUCCUACUGCUGUUUCUCCUUUCCCAGGUGCAGCCACUGGUUCUGGUGGUGAGAUCAGAGACGAGGGUGCUGUUGGUCGUGGUUCUAAAUCCAAGGCCGGAUUGUCUGGAUUUUCUGUUUCCGACUUAAACAUCCCUUCAUUGCCCCAGCCUUGGGAGAGAGACAUUGGAAAGCCCAACCACAUUGCCUCAUCUUUGGACAUCAUGAUCGAAGCUCCAAUCGGUUCUGCUGCCUUCAACAACGAGUUCGGUAGACCAGCUAUCAACGGAUACUUCAGAACUUUGACCACUGAGGUCAAGAACCACAAGGGAGAAAACGAGUUCAGAGGUUUCCACAAGCCUAUCAUGUUGGCUGGAGGUAUGGGUGCCAUUAGACCAGACUUGGCUCUUAAAGACACAAAAAUCACUCCUGGUGCUCACCUCAUUGUUCUUGGUGGCCAGUGCAUGUUGAUUGGUUUGGGAGGAGGUGCUGCCUCGUCCGUCUCUUCUGGUGAGGGUUCUGCCGAGUUGGACUUUGCCUCUGUCCAAAGAGGAAACCCAGAAAUACAGAGAAGAGCACAGCAAGUCAUUGACGCCUGUGUCUCUUUGGGUGCCAAGGGAAACCCAAUCCAGUCUAUCCACGAUGUUGGUGCUGGUGGUUUGUCUAACGCUUUGCCUGAGUUGGUUCAUGACAACGAUUUGGGCGCCAAGUUCGAGUUGAGAUCCAUUUUGUCUUUGGAGCCAGGUAUGUCUCCUAUGGAGAUCUGGUGUAACGAAUCCCAGGAGAGAUACGUAAUGGGUGUUGCUCCAGAGAACUUGGAGUUGUUCAAGGGUAUUUGUGAGAGAGAAAGAGCUCCUUUUGCUGUUGUUGGUGUGGCCACUGAAGAGCAGAGAUUGGUUUUGACCGACUCUUUGUUGAACUCCACUCCUAUCGACUUAGAGAUGUCUGUUUUGUUCGGUAAGCCACCCAAGAUGUCCAGAACUGCCGAGACUCAGAAUUUGCAAUUGUCUCCUUUCUCAACUGAAGAGUUGAGCUUGAAGGACUCUGUUGAGAGAGUCUUGCAGCUCCCAUCGGUUGGUUCCAAGAGUUUCUUGAUCACAAUUGGUGACAGAUUCGUCACUGGUUUGGUUGAUCGUGAUCAGAUGGUUGGCCCAUGGCAAGUUCCUGUGGCUGACGUGGGUGUCACCGCUACGUCUCUCGGUGAUUCAAUUUUGUCCACCGGUGAAGCCAUGGCAAUGGGAGAAAAGCCAACUUUGGCUUUGAUUUCUGCCUCUGCUUCCGCCAAGAUGUCCAUUGCCGAGUCUUUGCUCAAUGUUUUCGCUGCUGACAUUCCAGCUCUUGAUACAGUCAAGUUAUCUGCUAACUGGAUGUCCGCCGCUGCUCACGAUGGUGAAGGUGCCAAGUUGUACGAGGCCGUCCAGGCUAUCGGUAUGGACUUGUGUCCGGACUUGGGAGUGUCCAUCCCUGUCGGCAAGGACUCCAUGUCCAUGAAGAUGAAGUGGGACAACAAGGAAGUUACCGCUCCAUUGUCGUUGUGUAUUACUGCAUUUGCUCCAGUUUCUAACACAUCGAAUACCUGGACUCCUGAGUUGAAGUCCGUUGACCAGGAUACCGUUUUGGUUUUGAUUGACUUGGCCAAGGACGUUAAGAAGGCGUUGGGUGGUUCUGCAUUGGCCCAGGUUUACAAACAAGUUGGUGACUCUGCUCCAACUGUUCACUCGCAUACUCUUCUUAAGAACUUCUUAAAUGCUUUGAUCGCUUUGCACAAGAACGUUGAAGUGUUGGCAUACCAUGACAGAUCUGAGGGUGGUUUGUUCACCACCAUUGCCGAGAUGGCCUUUGCUGGUAGAUGCGGUGCCGAUUUGACCUUGACUUCCGAUGAAGAUCUCUUGACUGAGUUGUUCAACGAGGAGUUGGGUGCUGUCUUCCAGAUUAAGUCUAGCGACCUCGAAAAGUUUGUUGACGUCUUGAAGAGCAACAGCGUUGAAGAGAAGUAUGUGUCCGUUAUUGGUAAGCCAACCAAGAAGCAGACUGUUGCGAUUAAGUUCAACAAUGAGCUCGUUUACGAGAAUACUAGAUCUGAGUUGCAGAAAUUGUGGAGCAACACCUCCUACCACAUCCAGAAGUUGAGAGAUAACCCCGAGACCAGUCACGAGGAGUACAAGGCAAUCGAAGAUGAUAAGAACCCUGGUUUGUCAUACCAGUUGACCUUCGAUCCAAAGGAGGUUGGCUUGCCUGUCGGAGACAGAAAGCCAAAGGUUGCCAUCUUGAGAGAACAAGGUGUCAAUUCGCAGCAGGAGAUGGCCUGGUCGUUCAAACAGGCUGGAUUUGACGUUUACGAUGUUCACAUGUCUGACAUUUUGACCGGUAGAGUGUCAUUAGACCAAUUCACCGGACUUGCAGCCUGUGGAGGAUUCUCGUACGGUGACGUUUUGGGAGCAGGUGCCGGAUGGGCCAAGUCUGUCUUGUUCAACGAAAGAGCCAGAAACGAGUUCAAGAAGUUUUUCCAGGAGAGAGACGAUACUUUUGCCUUUGGUGCCUGUAAUGGAUGUCAGUUUAUGAGCAGAAUCGCAGAGCUUAUUCCAGGCACUGACAACUGGCCCACUUUUGAGAGAAACCUCAGCGAACAGUAUGAGGCAAGAUACGUGAUGGUUGAGAUUGAAGAAACCGAGGCCAACAAAUCCGUCUUCUUGCAGAAGUUGAAGGGUUCUAAGUUGCCAAUUGUUGUUGCUCAUGGAGAGGGUAGAGCAGCCUUUAAGGAUGAGAGCACUAAGGCCAAGUUCCUUGGCAAUGACAAGCAGUCUGUGAUCAGAUACGUCGACAACUAUGGAUCUGUGACUGAAAGCUACCCAUUCAACCCUAACGGAUCUCCCCUGGGUAUUGCUGGUAUCUCGAACGCUAAUGGUAGAGUGUUGGCCAUGAUGCCUCACCCUGAGAGAACCACCAGAUUGGAAUCGAACUCAUGGUACCCUAGUGAGAAGUACGAUGAGUGGGAGGGAUAUGGUCCAUGGAUUGCGUUAUUCAGAUCUGCCAGAGAGUGGGUUGGUGAUAAUUUUUAG